AUGCAAGGUACUUUUGAUUCAACUUCUUUGUUGUUUGACCCAGAGUUAGAAAGGACAAUUAGAAGGAACAGAAGGGCAGCCAGAAGAAGGCAAUUACUGGAAAGGGAGGAACCAAGUGGUGAACCAAGUACUACAGUACAAGAAGAGAAUAUGGCAGAAAACCAUGUGCAACCACCACAGAGGACACUGGGAGAUUACAUGACUCCUGCUGUCAUUCCACCCAUUGGAAGUGUGGUUCGACCUACAGUAGAGCCCAAUAAUUUCGAAUUGAAGCCUGCACUGGUACAGUUGGUGCAGAAAGAACAGUUUGCUGGAACAAGUGCAGAGGAUCCAUACCUGCACAUUGAAAAUUUCUUGUUGUUAAGUGACACUGUGAAGAUUAAUGGAGUGUCCAGAGAUGCCAUUCUUUUGAGGCUUUUUACUCAUUCACUGAAGGAUGAUGCCAGGAGAUGGCUACAGUCACUACCACAAGGAACUGGUGGUUCAUUGACAACCAAGACUCCUCAAGAAGCGCUGGACAUAUUUGAGUCCUUAGCAUCUCAGGAGUUUGACAAUGCUCCAGUGAAUGACAGAAGAAUGGGAAUUAUUAAAUUGGAUGGCUAUGAUGCUUUAUUAGCCAAGAAUGACCAGAUGCAGCAAGUGCAGAAACAACAACAACAACAAAUUGAUUCUCUCACUAAGCAGCUUUCUUCUCAGAAGGUUGCUUCUGUGGACACUAAUUUUGUGUGUGCCAGUUGUGAGAAAAGCCAUGUUACAGAUGAUUGUGAUUGUGGGAGACCUGCUGAACAAGCAGAAGUUAAUGGAGUGUGGUAUGACCAUAACAACCAGAGGAAUUACAACAACCAGGGGCGAAAUGUGUAUGUGCCACCAUGGAAGAACAAGAAUCAACACCCAGGGGAAGAGACUUCUGCUUUCAUGCAGGAGACUAAGACAACAUUCAGAAACCAGGAAGCAACCAUCCGGAAUUUGGAGACACAAAUUGGUCAGUUGUCUAGGCAGAUAGCUGAGAGGCCACAGGGAAAGUUCCCUGGUGAUACUAUGAAAGUGGAUGAGAAGAAAGUGGGAGAAAAGAAAAGUGUGGAGGAAGUUGUUGUUGAAGAUGUUGUAGUUGAAAAUGAUAAAGAAGAGGAAGUUGAGGAAAAGAAAAAGGAAGAAGAGGUAGUGGUUGAAAAGAGUUCUUCACCGAAGAAGUUGAUGAAGUGGGAGAAGAAGAUGGCUGACAAGAAGGACCAGCCAAUUAACCUAUCUCCUUAUGCUAAAGUGCCUUAUCCUCAACGGUUGAAGCAGGAAAUCCAGAAGCAGCACUAUGCAAGGUUUCUGGAUAUUUUUAAGAAGUUGCAGAUUAACAUUCCAUUUGCUGAGGCCCUGGAGAACAUGCCUCACUAUGCCAAAUUUACGAAGGAUCUUCUGUCUAAGAAGAGGAAAUUGAAGGAUGGUGAGACAGUGGCUUUGACAGAAGAGUGUAGUGCCCUGAUCCAAAAGAAGCUUCCACCAAAAUUGAAAGAUCCUGGAAGUUUCAGCAUCCCUAUUGCCAUUGGAGAUGUGGAAGUAGGGAAGGCACUUUGUGAUUUGGGGGCCAGCAUAAAUCUGAUGCCUUUGACUGUAUGUAGAGCCUUGGGAAUCAACACCCUGAAGGAUACUAAUCUUAUAUUGCACCUUGCUGAUAGAUCCAUCAAAAGACCAAAAGGUGUGGUUGAAGAUGUUCUG